AUGGAUUGGGAUGAGUUCAGAAUUGUAUUCUAUGAGAAGUAUUAUAAUGAUGUAGUUAGGUUUGCAAAGGCAGAAGAGUUCAGUAAGUUGUUACAGGGGAACAUGUCAGUGACAGAGUAUGCACUGAGAUUUGAUAGACUGGCCAAGUUUGUUGCAAACUUGGUACCCACUGAUGGGACAAGGAAGAAAAGUACUCAUUUUUUUUCUUCUUUUCUUUCCUUCUUCUUUUCCCUUCUCUCUCCCCGAAACCCCUUCUUCUUCUCCCUUUUUCUUUUCUUUUCUUUCCUUUGUUUUCUCUCCAAACCAGUCACGGCCACAACCAGUUGGACCACCGCCGGAGCACCAUUUCCGACACGUGCCGGAGCUGCAGCUUUCCUGACCGGCGAUGAUAGAAACCCCAAAGUUUGGUGGCCAUCGGAGCAAGGACACGCCUAUACAGCCACUCCGAAGUUUCGCCGUCGAAACUUUGAGGUGACUUUCCGGCGAACUCCGACCACCGUUCGGCGAGUGGGUGGUACCGUUGGAAUCAGCGUCGUGAGAGGAUCGUCGCCCACUAAGUCAUUCCGGUCAACUCACCAUUUUUCUCCGGCGAGAUUUUGGGUAUCUUCGCCCCUUUGGAAGCAUUUUCUGGCGACACCAGAGGUCAUUUGGGCGAAGGAGCUGUACUUUCGUGAUGUACUCAUCGGGAUGAUCGUUUUGAUAUAUGCCAUGCAUAUAUUCGUUGACGUUUCCGGUACCGCCACCAACCGCUAUUGUGCACCGCUUGGGAAAAACGUGAUAUUAAAAUCGGACUAAAUCAUUCUAAGAUCAUCGAUAAGCAUAGGAGCGUUGCUUUGGGCUCGGAUUAAAUUCUAAGGAGGUAUCUAAAGAGGUAGGGACUCAACUAGACUAUUGGACUUAUUUUACUCAUAUUAAAUUGCAUUCAACAUAUUCCAAUUUUGAUAUUUAUAAAAUGUUUGAAAAAUUGAAAACUUAACCUGCAUGUUUUCUGAUCUGUUCUGAGGGCACCGAGUGCCAAAUAUAUAUUUUGUUCACUUAUUUAUGCAGGUUAUGAUUUUUGGGUUUAUUCAAAUGUAGCUGUUAUGCUGCCCAAUUUUCUAAAAUAUAAAGGGAAUAUGUUUCUUUCUUUUCAUGUUUACCUGCAUUUGGUUAUACUGAUGAGAGCCAUAGUGAUCAUGAUUGGUUCACGUUGUUGUUUCACGACCUAGUCUCUGUGUCAUCAUAGGUAGAUCAGGUGUCCACUCACCUGUAGGUGUAAAGACCUAGCAUCUGUAUACAGGAAGUGUUCUGAGCCUCCCCAUUGUGGUGGUUAUCAGGUCCGGCUACCCGGUUUAGGAUGUCGGAUUUUCUAUG